AUGGGAAGUGAUACAGCAGUUCACAGGGAUACUAUAUUUGUGCUGCAAAAAUCCGAAUUAAGUGGCAAUACAGAGACUAUAGUGGGUGCCCGAAGCUGCAAGGAACUCCUGGCCCAGGGGGAGGUCCUGAGUGACUGGUACACCAUCUACCCCCAGGACUGCCGGCCCCUGCGGGUGCUGUGCGACAUGGACACCGAUGGAGGCGGGUGGCUGGUCUUCCAAAGGAGGUCGGAUGGCUCGGUGGAUUUUUUUCGGGACUGGGCUGACUACAAGAAGGGAUUUGGAAGCGAGCUGAACGAAUUCUGGCUGGGGAAUGACCACCUUCACCGCUUGACCUCGAUAGGAAAAAAUGAGCUGCGUGUUGACUUGAUCGAUUUCGAAAGCAAUCACACCUUCGCCAAAUACGGAUCCUUCAAGGUGGCAGCCGAGUCUGACCUCUAUCGGUUGGCUGUGAGCAACUUCACGGGAGGCUCUGCAGGUGACUCUCUAAUCCCCAAACACGACACCAUGGCUUUCUCCACCCGAGACAAGAUCAACAACCCCAAGGGGCAGAAAUGCCCCCUGAAGUGCAAAGGCGCCUGGUGGUAUCGGCAGUGCCACGACUCCAACCUCAACUCCCUGUACUUUCAAGGACACCACAAUUCAGAGGGAGACGGCAUCAACUGGAGGACGGGGAGAGGCCACCACUACUCUUACAAGCACACGGAAAUGAAAAUCAGGCCGGUGGGUUAG